AUGUUCCCGCGAACGGCGGUCCGCGCCACCUUGGUGGCGCUGUUCGUCGCCGCCGCGCUCUUCCAGGGUGUCGUCGCCGACAACGCCCCGACCUCCGCGCAUCUCAUUGUGCACAAGCUGAUCAUCGGGCGGAACAUGACCAUCGAGAUCACCCUGUACAACGCCGGGGAGACCGCCGCGACGGGCGUGGAGAUCAACGACCCCGGGUGGGACUCGUCGUCCUUCGCGAUGCUCGGGCCGUCGACGUCUGCGAAGUUCGCGUCGAUCCCUCCGCUGACGAAGAAGACGCACAGGUUCGUGGUGGUGCCCAAGGUGACCGGGCAGUUCUCCGCGGGUCCGUCGCUGGUGUCGUACACGGCGGGCGCGGGUCACCAGGCGUCGGGCACGAGCAACGCGCUGGACCCGCUCCCCAUCCUCACGCCAUGGGAGGCGAAGGUGGAGGUGGCAAUGAAGAUCGGCUCGUACCUGACGCUGGGCUUCUGCAACAACGCGGAGGAGUGGACCAAGGCGGCGAUCAUAACCACCGUUCUCGUGGGCCUCAUCACCGUCAACUGGAUAGCGCUCAAGGGUAAGCGCGCGGUGGCGGAGGCGCAGCGCAAGCAGGCCAUGAAGAGCCUCGGCAUCAACCCCAAGGACGUGGCGGUCUCGAAGAAGCAGAAGCAGAAGAAGAAGUGAGGGCCGAG